CAUGGCUUUCCUGGUGCUGUUCUUCAUCUUCUUCAAUUUUUACCAUGAGGACAAAGCUGAAGCUCUUCCUCAACCUAAUCUUACGGUGGAUCGACUUCUGAUCACGGAAACUGAGUCAGUCACGUUAAACUGUUCGACUCCACCACAUGUUUCUGUGUCUCGGUGUGAUUUCUACAUUGGACAUGAAAAGAUGUCACCAGAUGCAUCAUGUGUGGAAACACUGACAGGAUCUGAGCUGCUGACCAUAGUAAACAGAAAAUCACCAGCUGAGGUCAAAGUUAGAUGUUCGUAUGCUGUAAUGGAUAGAGCUAUCGAUGUUACCUCAUCAUACAGUGAAUCAACAACCAUUACCAUAAACAAUCUUCUUCCACCUACACUGUCAGUGAACCCACUGGUGAUCACAGAGUCAUUCUCAGUCACUUUAAACUGUCAGCCUCCAUCUUCUGUUCCUGUGACCGACUGUUAUUUCUACAUUGGGAAAGGAAAAUAUCCCCACACAUUUCCUUGUCUGAAGACACUGAAAGGAGCUGAGCUCCUGUCUUUAACACAGCAAAGUUCACCUGCUAACGUUGAUGUAACAUGUUUUUACCUGAAAUCACAUGACUCUCCACGGAGUAACCUGCUCACUGUCAUCGUACAACGUGAGUAA